ACACGGGGGCGGGGCUGGGCACCUGUCCGCGUUCGUAGGCACCUGCUGCACCGGCCGCCGCGGGGCCCGGGGCCUGGCGCUGGGGGCUGCCCGGGAGCGGGGCCGGGCCGGCCUGAGGAGGGGAGGUGAGCCGGACCGGUUCGCCCCGUCCGGGGCCCGCACUCCUCGGCCCGCUCCCCACUCCCGGCUCUGUCCCCGCUCCCAGGUUGAGGGGGGCGUCCGAGGCUCGCAGCCCCCCACCAGAGGGUCUCGCGGGCCUGCCCGGCCUCGAGCUAUUUGCGAGGUCGGGAUUUGGCUCCUGCCUUGCAUCAUCCCGAGACAGGUAAAGUGAAUUCUGCGGACGGAAGAGUUUGAUGACACAGACCACUGAAUUUCUUUGUUUAGAGUACACGUUAUGAACCCUUUCUGGAGCAUGUCUACAAGCUCUGUACGCAAACGAUCUGAUGGUGAAGAAAAGACAUUAACAGGGGAUGUGAAAACCAGUCCUCCACGCACUGCUCCAAAGAAACAGCUGCCUUCUAUUCCCAAAAAUGCUUUGCCCAUAACUAAGCCUUCAUCUCCUGCCCCGGCAACACAGUCAGCAAAUGGCACGCAUGCUUCUUACGGACCUUUCUACCUGGAAUACUCCCUUCUUGCGGAAUUUACCUUGGUUGUGAAGCAGAAGUUACCUGGUGUCUAUGUGCAGCCAUCUUAUCGAUCUGCAUUAAUGUGGUUUGGAGUAAUAUUCAUACGGCAUGGACUUUAUCAAGAUGGUGUAUUUAAGUUUACAGUUUACAUCCCCGAUAACUACCCAGAUGGUGACUGUCCGCGUUUGGUGUUUGAUAUUCCCGUCUUUCACCCGCUAGUUGAUCCCACCUCAGGUGAACUGGAUGUGAAGAGAGCAUUUGCAAAAUGGAGGCGGAACUAUAAUCAUAUUUGGCAAGUAUUGAUGUAUGCAAGGAGAGUUUUCUACAAGAUUGAUACAGCAAGCCCCCUAAACCCAGAGGCUGCAGUACUGUACGAAAAAGAUAUUCAGCUUUUUAAAAGUAAAGUGGUUGACAGUGUUAAGGUGUGCACUGCUCAUUUGUUUGACCAACCUAAAAUAGAAGACCCCUAUGCAAUUAGCUUUUCUCCAUGGAAUCCUUCUGUACAUGAUGAAGCCAGAGAGAAGAUGCUAACUCAGAAAAAGAAGCCUGAAGAACAGCACAAUAAAAGCGUUCACGUUGCUGGCCUGUCAUGGGUAAAGCCUGGCUCAGUACAACCUUUCAGUAAAGAAGAGAAAACGGUAGCAACUUAAGAGCUGGCGAAUCUGGUGCACCAUGCACUUUCCUGCUGGACUUGGGCUAGUAGAGCUGACCAAUGGCAAAGGACUGCCUGCAGAGUAAAACGGUGUGCGCAGUGACUGGUGUCAGUGUUGUCCGUGUAUGCUUAGGUUCUAACAGCAAGUUCUGGAAACCUCUCUUUACGUAAUGCAUUACUUCUGUCAGAAGUGUCUUCAGGGUGGUUAUCUAGUUCAGUACUCCAAAUUCUUGGGGACCUGGAGGCUUAUGCAUUUUUCUGAAUAUAAUGCUAAAGGUAAGUUGCAUUCAUUUAAACUAAUGAAGUAGGCGGAGUUCAGCACUAUCUAAUGAUUUUUAAAUCAGUGAUUUCAGGUGUACAUAUGUUAGGAUAUGGAGAGGAGAUGUAUAGAGAGAGCAGUUUCCAUAGCUUAUUAGCACUUUUAAGUGGAAGAGCAUUUGAACCUCAGUCUUCAGCCUACUGUGUUACUGAUAUACAAACUGCUGUCACUGAGGUACAUAUUAGGUGAGUGAGAAGAAACCAGAACACUUGUUCAUAGUUUUUUUUUAAGCAAAUUACUUAUUGUAUUUUUAUGGCAGGAGGGAGAAAAAGUGUUAAAACGGUUUCUAAUGAAGUCAGAUAUUUAAAUGAUGAAUGACUAAUGUGUUUCGUAGAGACAAUAAACCAAUAAAUGAU